CUUUUGAAGAGAGCGACUGUGGCGGUUCCUGGCGGGGAAAAUGGUCGGGGAAACCAGCGCCGAGGAAGGCGCAGGCUGCUGCUCUCCGGCCGUCGGGGCGGACGCGGCGACUUCAGAGCUAAACCGCGAUAAGAGGCUGGUGUGCGUGGAGUACCCGGGCGUUGUGCAGGACGUGGACAAGACGCUGCUGACGCUGGGCGGAGAGGAAGGGGUCUCUAGGAUCUACACUGACCCCAGCCGAAGACUCGAGCUCUACUUCCGCCCCAAGGACCCCUACUGCCACCCUGUGUGUGCCAACCGCUUCCCGACAUCUUCCAUGUUGCUGAAAGUUAAAAAGAAAAUGAGGAGGAAACGGACAGAAGCAGGAGAUUUUGAGGAAGAUGUCAAUUUUGAAGUAGAAGUUCUUGGCAUUGUUACCACAGUUUAUAAGUUUCAAGGGAUGUCUGAUUUCCAGUAUCUGGCAGUGCACUCUGGACCAGAUGGCAAGCAGGCCUCCAUGUAUGACAAAGUCCUGAUGCUCAAGCCAGAGAAAGAGGAGUUCUUCCUGAGUGACCUUCCGCUUUAUAUCCCUCCACCCAUUUUCUCACGCUUGGACACUCCUGUGGACUAUUACUAUCGACCAGAAACGCAACAUAGGGAAGGAUAUCAGAACCCCACAUUGUCCAGCGAAAACCUGAUAGGUCUCAGCCGAGCCCGUCGGCCCCACAACGCCAUCUUUAUCAACUUUGAGGAUGAGGAGAUCCCUAUGAAGGCUUUGGACGCUGCAGAGCAGACCUGGAGGAGAGUUUGCAGCAAUGCAGUGGAUCAAAAAGCAGAAGAGGAACUGAGGAAGCUGUUUGAGGUCCGUCCAGUCUGGUCUCGUAAUGCUGUGAAAGCCAAUAUAAGCAUCCACCCUGACAAGCUCAAGUUCCUUCUGCCUUACUUAGCUUACUACAUGCUAACUGGACCCUGGAGGAGCCUGUGGGUCCGCUUUGGUUAUGAUCCCAGGGAACACCCAGAAGCAAAGUUCUACCAGGUGCUGGAUUUCAGAAUUCGCUGCGGAAUGAAAUAUGGAUAUGCCCCUAAUGACAUGCCUGUGAAAGCUAAACGCAGCACCUACAACUACAGCCUGCCCAUCACUGUGAAAAAACCAGCGAGCCAUGUAGUUGGCAUCCAGGACCUUAAGCAAGGACUGAGCACCUCUGGGAUGUCCAGUACACGGAAACCUGCUUUCAGCAAGUACAAACUUAAAGAUUCGAUUUACAUCUUCCGAGAAGGUUCCCUGCCUCCUUACCGACAGAUGUUCUAUCAGCUUUGUGACCUGAAUGUGGAAUGCUUGCAGAAGAUCAUUCGCCGGAAUGAUGGCAUGGAGACGGUGUGUACAGAGAGGGACGGCUGGUGUCUUCCCAAGACCAGUGAUGACUUGCGGGAUACCAUGUCUCUGAUGAUAAAGCAGAUCAUCCGCUCCAAAAGGCCUGCUCUGUUCACAAGCACUUCUAACACAGAAGAGGGCAAAGAGCAGCUGGCGUUCGAGUCCGGAGAGGAGGAGGAGGAGGAAGAGGAAGAGGAAGAGGAGGAGUUCAAAGAACCGUCUGAUGGGAGUGAGAAUGAAAUGGAGACAGAGAUUUUGGACUAUGUGUGAUGCACCAGAACUUGCACUGUGGGACCUAUUCCUGGCGAGGAUCUUUGCUUCUCUUGUCCCUACAGGCAAGACAGGAAGCCAGGCCUAAUGAGACAAAUACCCAUCCAUGUCUCUUCUUUGGGUUCUGUUCUUUACAGACACCCAUGUGUGCCUUUUUGAUAGUGAUUUGGGGGUAAAGAUUGUGAUGAGUAAGGCUGCUUAUCCUUGAGCUCUGCAGGCAUGGCAAAUGUUCAAAUAAUGGGGUUGGAGAUGCCUUAUCCCUAGAGGUUUUGCUAAAUAUUCAUCUAAAGAAAGCUUAGCUAACUGGUUAACACACAAGCCUGGUAGACCUUCAUCUUGGCAUUGGUUAACAUCUCAUUCUUCCAUAUCCUUUAGGAGAGGCAAGCCAUUGCAGUAGCCGCCUUACUAAUACUAAAGUCAAACUGAAGGCAUAUGAGAACAGGUUGAAGACUAUGCCAGAGAGUUGAGUUGAGAACACAACCUUGUUUCAUGCCAUUCUUUGGAGGGAAGGUGUCUUUUUAUAUAUAUAAAAAAAUCAGGAGUCCUUGUGACUGAGUAGAUUAAGUUUGAGUAAUAGUAAUUUUUCCUCUUAUGUUGCCAAUGAUACAAUAUAAAGCAUUCAUAUACUGAUGAAUGUGGGAGUGGGGUUCAAAGUGAAGAUAAUGAUUUAUGUUUGGAUUUAAAUUUAGAUGAACCAAAUUGAGCCAAAUGCUGAUUGGGGGAAUUGUUCAUUUUCUGGAAUACUGGCAUAUGCUACGAAAUUAAACCACAUUGGGGUAAAGCCAUCUUUUUGGACCUGUCCACAUGUCAACUGUAGUUUAUUUGUAACUCUCUCAAGGAGGGUUGUUUCCCAAACGUGUUUUGUACCAAUAGUCUAUCAUCAUGCCAGAAAGCUCUUUCCAGUGUCUGGUUAUGUUGCAUCUCACUGCUUGUAAUAAAUGGCUUGUUAAUUCUAUAUUAUGUAAAUGCAGAUUAUCUAGUAAUAUAUUUAAUAAAACUAAUUCUCGUUUGACUUCCAAUUGUUAUUUAUUUCUUGAAAUAUUGAAUUCUAGAAGGCCUGGAUUUUUGUACAUUUCCACCACAUGUGGACUAUGGACUAUACCAGGUGUGGGGCAGCCCCUCUAGCAAAGUGGUGAGGUGCCAGGAUGAAUCAUUCCCAGCUUCCUGGGUGUUAGGUACCACCUUUAUAUGAGUUUUAGGGUAAUUCUCUAUUGCUUGCCAAA